GAAAAAAGAAAAAACUAAAUCGCAGCGUAAACAGCAGAGACGGACGAGGACGAAGCAUCCCAGAAGCAGAACCGUGCCAGAUGCGUGAUUCGGUGGAGGCUGGUUUCACCGUCUGGGCGUGAGGCUGUGCGUGUGCGUGUGCUUGCAGCGGACCGACGGACACACUCCUGUUUCCCAACAUCUCCUCUGCAGAAAAACAAGCGGGGCUGCUCAUGGCUCCGUCCUCUCUGUAGUUCUGCUCCUGUGCACGCGCAGCUCGCCGCCAUGGGGUCCAGACUGAGCAGGCAGGGCAGCCUGGACAAUGAGGAUUUCUCCAGGAAGAGACGCAGGCUCCUGGACGGCGCCGGACAGAGUGAGCGGGGGGGCGGCCGGGGCGGGGGGGACUUUCUGUUUGCGCUGAUGCUGAAAUCAGACAAACUGCCGGGGAUGCUGCGCAGGACCAACCACAGCCCGUACGUGAGGCGGGUCGCGUGGAUCAAGGAGAUCCAGAAGCUGCUGCGCGAGCGCAGGAUGGAGCAGGCGACGGACGUGCUCAAAUUACUGAGGAAGGAUAUGGGUUUGGAGGGCACCUCACUGAACGACAUCUUGUACAAAAAUGCUGCCUUCCUCAACCUGGUGGAUCCGAUCUCCCACGAGCUGCUGCUCAGCUUGGCCCGAGAGAUGCAGUGUCCUAAGAAGGACGCAGACAUAAUAAAGUCUUCAGAUAAGAUCUGCAGGCAGCUGAUCUACCACCUGACCCCGCACUCAAAGUGGCUGAGGCAGAGCAUGUCCAGACGGAAAUCCCAGGCCUGUCUCAAGACAACUCUGCAGAAAAAGCUAAGUAGCGACAGUGUUGACCUAUCUGGAAUCCCUCUGUCCACUCGUGAUGUCCAACAAAUUGCCUUUUAUCUUCAGAACAACAAAGACAGUAUCUUGGCUGUGGACAUCAGCUUUACCGAACUCCACGACGACAACCUGAGGUUGUUGCUGCCUCUUCUCGCCUCCUUGCCCAAACUCAGCACACUUGCUCUCAAUGGUAACCGCCUCACCUUGGUCAUACUUAAGGACCUCACUGAAAUGCUUAAAGAACCCAAAAACUUCUCCAGUCUGGCCUGGAUAGAUCUGGGCAACAAUGUGGACAUUUUUACCAUGCCUCAGCCACUACUGGUUGCAUUGCGACGGCGUUGCAGCCUCAAGAGCAGUCUACCGACCAUCUAUGAGUACACAGAGGGUCAACCAUACUCCUACCACCUUGAGACCUCUAUAGAGGAACCCAGCCACUACGAGGAGGAAGAGGAGGAAGAUGAAGAAGAGGAUGUGGAAAGUAAAUCUGAGUUGGAACCAUGGUGUUUAGGGGAGAAACAGCUCUCCAAAACUUUCACUCUCCACUACUGUGAGAGGUGAUGGAGUAUCUUCUGUUCAAGGCUCCUUCAGCUGUGGUUGAAGCAACGUCCCACAGGACUCUGAUACCUCCUUCUCCCUUUUGUCCUCACACCACGAGCCCAGUCAUCCUUAGAUGCACAAGGGAGACCAGUGUCCAUAUUGUGAACAUAUCGUUCAAACACGGUUACCAAGCUACUCCUGCCCAUCUCUGAGUUAAUCCCCCCCAUGACAGUGACAGUGAAGUGACGAUCAGACUUACUGUGUUGGUGGACGGUGCUCUGGGGAACAAGGUGCGGUUUCAUUGGAGGGGGGCUGGAAGAAUUAAUGAACCAGUGCUCUCUCUUUCUUUUUAUCUCUGUGACACUGGCAGCCAAGGGGCCAAUCUCAAGGAGAUUUAAAUCAGUUGGUCGGAUGACGGAGCUGCAUCCCGGCGGUAGUUGAG